CUCUCUCUCUCUCUCUCUGCUUCCUUGCGUGAGGCUGAGGCCGGUGCUGGCUGGAUGGCUCAUGCGGCCGUCGUCGCCGUCGCCGUCCUCCUGGUCUGCUUGCCGCCUGCCGCCGCCUCGUUCUCCCGGGCAGCACCGGCAUUGCGACGGCUCGAGAUGGCGGCCAUGGACACCGCGCAGGGCCAGCGGGAGAAGGCGGACGUGACCAAGGUCGCGGAGGAGGACAUGAGCACGACGGGGUUCGGUGCGGAGUCCGAGAGGGAGGUGCCCACCGGCCCGGAUCCCAUCCACCACCACGGCCGGGGGCCCAGGCGCCAGUCGCCGUGAUCUCGCGCGCGCGGCGGCGGAGGAUCAUCGCUUCCUGGGGUUGAUCUUGAUCAGUCGGGCGUGAACCGGAGUGCACGAUGGCCUACGAGGUUGUGUCCUUUUUUGUUGUUGAUGAAUCUGUGAUCGAUGAUGCACUUUGGGUUUUGAUUCUAGUGUUGUUGUAGGGGAGACAGUAUCAGAGCUAUCAUCGAAACUUUAUUUUUGCAUACCAAGUUAGGG